UUUUUUUUUUUACGUAUGCGAGGAUCUACUUUCUGUUUGGACGGAUUGAAAAUUUACCGUCUGCUUUCAGGAGAAGCACAGGCGACAAUAAGCUCGGGCCUGCGGGUGUGAACCGUGCACACGGCGCUUCCUACCGGGACACUACCUACCCCCUCGGCCUUUUUUCCUCCUUCCGUCCCGGGCCACCGGGUCGCUUGCCGUCAGGGUUUACGCGCAAUGAGCAUCGAUACACUUCUGGAGGCGGCCAGAUAUUUGGAAUGGCAAGCCCAGCAACAACAGAUCACACGUGAAGAGGAGCAGCACAGAGAGAAGGAGCUCAUCAACAGGGAGGCGGAGUUGAGGCGUGUGGAACUUGUGACCUCGUUGUCUCAACCAAUCAGAGCCAACCAUGUCACUUGGGGCGAUGACACUCACCAUCAACAGCUGCAUCAUCCUCUUGCCCCUCCGCCCCCUUCUCUCCCACCUCAGGUCCCUAUUGCUGUCAUCCCAAUGGUCCCAGUUGUCACUGCGUCACCCUCUGUACCGCCCCUUCCGCUUACAACGCAGAUUGCUGCAGCAGCAACGUCGCUGAAUGGCUCACCACCAGCCAAGAACGCCUCCUCCCCCCCGCAGCAGCAGCAGCAGCAGCAGCAGCAGCAGCAGCAACAGCAACAGCAACAACAGCUGGCCUCUCCUCACCUGCUGUGCGCCUCCCAGAUCAAGUUAGAAAGUAGUCCAGAGCUGAUUAGUGCAAAGCCCACCCAAUCACAGCCUCAGGUUCAGAUUCAGUACUCAACCUCCAUCAGCACGAAUGGCUCUCAACAUGCACUGGUUCACCAUCAAGCUCCACCUUCAUCUCAGCUGCGGCCUAAUGGAGUAACGAUGGAGGACCUGAGGGCGAUGGAAGGGAAGAGGAGACCAGGAGGAGCGGGGACCAGAGAGGUGCAUAAUAAACUGGAGAAGAACAGGCGAGCGCACCUCAAAGAGUGUUUUGAGACACUGAAGAAGAACGUUCCAAAUGUUGACGAGAAGAAAACCUCCAACCUCAGUGUUCUCCGCAGCGCUUUGCGUUACAUACAGACUCUGAAGCGUAAGGAGAAGGAGUAUGAGCACGAGAUGGAGCGUUUGGCCAGAGAGAAAAUCGCAACGCAGCAGCGGCUGACCGAGCUGAAGAACGAGCUCAGCCAGUGCAUGGAUGUUAUCGAGAUCGACAGAGUCCUCCGACAAACUAUGCAGCCGGAGGACGACCAGGUCUCCACCUCCACCGCCUCAGAAGGAGAGGACAACUUUGAGCAGGACAUUGAUGAGGAUUUCCCCGCUCCUCCUGCUCCCACGUCCCUCCCCAAACCAACACCUCCCAUCUUACACGCCCAGCCGCUCCUCACCUCUCACCUGUCAAUCCAGCAUGCCACCCUGCCUCUUUCUGGAGUCCUGACCACGCCCUCCCCCUCCGCUACCCAUCAAGCCAUCGCGCCUGCUCCGGCCCCAGGUCUGCUGCCCGCCCAUCCCAUUCAGCCCCCGGCAAUGCAGGUCCAGCCCACCGUCAUCGCUCAUGCCGCCGUCUCCCACCCUUCAGUCAUCCAGGCUGUCAACCACGGCCUGCCAGCAAAUCACAAGCACCUAAUGCACAUCGCCCCGUCACCUGGCCCCAUCUCCUCCAUCCCUCAGCCAAUCGCAGCAGCACCCGCUGCCGCCACGCACCAGUCGCUAGCUGCCCAGCCGAUCGGACACAUCACCGUUCACCCGGUGGCUCACCUGGGAGGUCCCCUGCCAUCCCACCUCCCGACUCUCUACCCCCAGGGCGUGUCUGUCUCCCAGUCCACCAUGGUGGGCCACAUCACUCACACCUUCACCCAUCACACCCUACCGCACGUCCAGGCUAAUCCUCAAGUUAACACUAAUGGAGCCCAGGUGACCAGCGCAGCCGUGAUCAGCCAGGGGAGCCCGUCGCUAGGGAAACCGACAGCAGUUCUGGCCCCCCACCCGCAGCUGGUUGGACAGGCUGCCGUCCUCAACCCUGUCACCAUGGUUACAGUCCCAACCUUUCCUGUCAGCACACUCAAACUUGCCUGAAGGAAUGAAAAAAAAAAAAAAAAAAAAAGGGGUGGGACUGAUGGAAGUUAGUUGAAGGAGAGGAAGAUUCAGAACCUCCUGGAGGAGUUUUCACACUCCUAUCAAUAAUCAAUAGCAGAGAAUCUUUGAGAGACAAAAUCAACUUUUUUGGACAACUUGUGACAACCGAGAUAUUUCGGUCACAGCUCUGUUAGUUUGUGAACACUGACAUUGAAGCGGAGUCCGUGGAUCAGGCCAUUGUUUGUGAAAAUAAGACUGUGACAUUUGUCUGUGCUGCAAAGACAGGAACUCUGUUUUACCUUCCUUCCUUGCCUUCUUCUCUCCUUUCUUUCCUUCCUCCUCCCCUUCCUUUACAACCAAAAGCACUAACAUAAUAAGCUCAGUUCACACUCAGGCAUCAAGGAUUUACCUUAACUAUUCAUUCACUCAUUGAGGGAAAAUGCAGGAGAGAGAGUUGUUUGUCGUUAGACUGUUGCCAAGGCAAUAUAGUGUGUGCCCGUAUUUGUAUUUAUAUCAUGAUGUCACGUGGGACAUAUUGGUGGAAUGAUGUCACUGAUGUGUUUGAGAGCAGGAGGAGGGAGCUCGGAAACUCACUGAUCCGAAUGAAUUACAGACAGGUGUGAUCAGGUGGGGAGUAGACAACAUUGCAUUGUCUUCUUAAUUUCUGAUGCAUUUCUUUACUUUUUGACGUCGGGAAAAGUAGUUCCCAGACAGGAAAGUUACUAAUUUAUAUUGCCUCUAAAAAAACAACAAAUCCUUUGCUUUUGCCUCCGAUCUUGCUCCAUGAACUUACCGUUGAGCCCUCUCCGUCUUCCUCCAAAUGAAGGUUGCUCACCACUGCACUUGGCACCAAACACCUUGCAAAUAGUUUAAGAAAAAUAAUGGACAGUGCAAUAAUAAAACCAGAUCCAAUCUGCACGACAAAAAGAAGGAAAAACAAACAACCUCGUUGCCCCAUUCAACAGUGAAGUUAUUUUAUCCACCACCCCUUAUGGCUUUCUUUUUGGAGGGCGAGGUUUGCUCAACAUACAGACGCAGCCGUUUUUACUGGCUUUGUGGAGAAGUCCAGAGACAACUUGACCUUUGCCUGUUGGUCACUGGAGAUUGUAUUUCCUUGUAGGAAGUUCACCAAACUACAGAUUUCAAGGUCGAGCAACAAGUUUGAGAUAAGCAGUCCGAAAGAAAAGACUUAAAAGUACCAUUGGAAAACCAAGUUAGGAUUAGAAAAUGUUGAAAAAGUAAUUCAUGCAGUCAGUUAAAUGUAUAAAGGUGGUGCACUCCACUUGUGAUGUGAUUAACUGCCCCACAGUGAAAGGCUUGGCCAGAAUUAAAUGUCAUGUUUUCAAACCAGUCAAGGCCAGUUAUGGACUGUUUGGACAUCAUGCUGAACACAAAUCUACAUUAUCGCAAAUGCCUGAUAUUUGGGUGGUGAAUUUAAUGUCAAAGACAGAAAAGAUCCCGUACAACUGCUCUCAAAACAUUGUGUGACAGGUUUUUCUCUGUAGGGCUACGCAGGUUUUCAUCCUCUUCACUCUGAUGCAACAGCUCCCUCUGCUGCCUCAUCCCAGAACUCAUACUGAUGUUACACACACACACACACACACACACACACAGCACUUGGGCACGACACAAACUUCCACAGGCUUUUCAAACGGUGAUAGACAUGUUGAGUGUAGUUCACUUUUGACCCUUAAAACAAGAAAACACUCCUGACUUACUUCUUCUGCUGCAUCAUAUUACAUACAGUGUGGGACUUUGGUCACGUGAGAUACUCUUAACUGCCGAAAAGAUUGUGAGAUGUGGAUGAAAGCUCAAGAAAAGCUAGUAAGUGGAUCUUGAGUUAAGAUUAUUUUUUUGUCCAACUAGGAGAGAUACAUUUGUUUCAAUUAAAGGUUUUGAAAAGUUUGGAUAUAGCACAAAAUAUUAAGAAGACGGGCGAAAGUAUUGUUUAGGCCUAAGAUCAGUUUACAUUUUAUUGCAGUUUUGUGAAGAAUAAUUUGGCAGCGACGUGACCUUUUUCCAAAAACAAACCAUAUUGAACACCAUGCCAAAUCCUCUGCUCCAGUGAAGAAAAGUCAGUUUCAAAAUGGAAAAUGUGUUGACACCCACUAUUCUCUGUGUGUAUGUCUAUGUAUGUUUAUGUGAACACAUUUAAAACAUUUAUGGCUUCACAGCCUUCUUGCCAGCCUAUACAUGUCAUACCAUGAAAUCUUCCAUCAGUGUAUGUGUAUGUAGUCAAUGUUGCGUGGAUCUGCUCCUCGCCUCUUCUGCUGUUUAUGUUAUGUCUGUAUAUGUGACUGUAUUCAAUAUGUUUUAUAUUCUGUACUAUAGUUAAUCCUACUGUACCUGUAGCGUGUGUGUGUGUGUGUGUGUGUGUGUGUGUGUGUGUGU